CGCACCACGCACCACGCACCACGCACCACGCACCCCAAGCGCUCCACCGGCUCGCUCACCAGCUCCGCCCGACCCACCGCCUGCGCUGCCCGCCGCGUUUCGAGAAAACCGGGACAUGUCGGCCGCGAUGGAUGAGCACGCCAGGCCCGAGCAAGGGCGCGCGCGCGCAAAGUCCAACACGUUCAGCUUCCGCAGCCACACGUCCGACGACGCCCCCAAGAGCACCAAGUCCAAGCACGCCCGCAAGGAGAGCGACAGCGAGCGCCGCAAGACCCACUACGACCCGACCACCAAGGCGAACCCCAACGCCGCCAUGAACGAGGCCCAGCCCAUCGCCGCCGCGCUCGAGAAGCCCACGCUGCAGUCGCUGCGCUCGUUCCAGCAUAGUGAUGUCGACGGCAAUCCGAUCGCCGAGCCCGACCUCUCCAACCCCACGCGCUCGCGCUGGGAGCGCCCGCUCGACACGAUCCGCUCGUUCGAGGCCGCCAUUGACGGCGAAUACCGCCGCCGCGCCUCGCACAUGCGCUCCGACCAGACCGACAUCAUGUCCAGCUACGGCGGGCCCUCGCGCCGCUCCUCGUACUACGGCGGCGGCGGCCCCGACGCCCGCCACUCGUCUGCCAGCUACUACGCGAACCCGCACGCCCGCCCGCCCCGCGACUCCUACGACGCGAGCUACAGCCAGGGCGGCCCCGUCGGCGGGCCUCCCCGCGUCCGCUACGGGAACCGCAUGCAGUCCGACCCGGGCUGGGGCAACGGCGCCCGCCCGCAAAACCAGAGCGUCUACGCCCAGCAGCCGCCCAACGCGUACCAGCAGAGCCGCGACACCGUCCACACCAACGGCUCCGGCGGCUCGGCCAGCGACGCCUACGCGACGGACCCCCACAGCGACAAUUCGUCGUUCGAGCGCUCCAUGCCCGUGCGUCCGCCCCCGGCCGACGACGUGUAUGUGCAGCAGGCCGGGUACUUUCCCCAGCAGCAGCAGCAGCCGCAGCAGCCGCAGCAGUACAACGCGGCCCCGCCGCCGCCGCCGCAAAGCGCCAAGCCCCAGCCCAAAGCCGCGCCGAUCAAACUCGGCGGCGGCGGCGAGGCAGCGGGCGGCGGCCGCCCGGGCGUGUUGCGCAAGGAGAGCCAGGGCGACGACAAGAGGCGGAGCUGGUUCAAGAGGCGGUUCAGCAAGGACUAAACUCUCUCUGUCUAGCAACUUUCGAGAGAGAGGUGCAGGCGGCGGGCGGCGGGCGGCCACACAUGAGCACGAUUCUUACGACCUUUUACCACAUUCUUGCAUUCGGGGCUGGCGUUUCUUCACCCGCGCCUGUCAUGGUAUUCCUAGCACCCCCCGCGUGACGCACGGCGGGGUGCGCACGCGGUCGGUGUAUGAUGGCGUUCGGGUGCUUGUUUGGUGCACGCAGCAACGGAGACGAUGGGGCGGCCUGUGUAGUGUGUGCUUGCUCCGGCAUUGGAGUGCGUUGGAGUGCGUGAGCUUGGAUUGAUCUGCAAAAGCCGUGUGUAGUAAUUUGUAAUACAGCGUGGU